AUGACUAUCACUGAGCAUCCAGAAACGCAGCCUAAAUGGUGGAAAGAAGCUACUAUUUACCAGAUCUAUCCAGCAAGUUUCAAAGACGGCAACAAUGAUGGCUGGGGAGAUUUGAAGGGUAUAACUUCAAAGUUAGGGUAUUUGAAAAAAUUGGGAGUUGAUGCCAUCUGGGUGUGUCCCUUCUGCGAUUCGCCCCAGCAGGACAUGGGAUACGAUAUUUCGAACUACGAAAAAGUUUGGCCAACUUAUGGGACAAACGAGGACUGUUUUGGGCUCAUCAACAAGACCCAUGAGCUCGGUAUGAAGUUUAUCACGGAUCUGGUCAUCAAUCACUGCUCUACUGAGCAUGAAUGGUUCAAAGAAAGCAGAUCAUCCAAAACGAACCCAAAACGAGACUGGUUCUUCUGGAGACCUCCAAAGGGCUACGACAGCGAGGGCCGUCCUAUUCCUCCCAAUAACUGGAGAUCGUUCUUUGGUGGCUCCGCAUGGAGUUUUGACGAAGCUUCAAAUGAGUUCUUCUUACGGCUUUUUGCCUCGGAGCAACCAGAUUUUAACUGGGACAACGAUGACUGCAGAAAAGCCAUUUACGAAACUGCGGUGGGAUACUGGUUGGACCAUGGCGUUGAUGGGUUUAGAAUUGAUACCGCGGGUCUUUACUCCAAACGUCCGGGUUUGCCAGAUUCUCCCAUUUUCAACGACCAGGACGAAUUCCAGCACCCAAACUGGGGCUCCCACAACGGCGCCAGAAUCCAUGAAUUUCACCAGGAAUUGCGUCAAUUCAUCGACAACAGGGUCAAGGACGGCAGGGAGAUCAUGACAGUGGGCGAGGUGGCCCAUGGAAAUGAUAACGCGCUAUAUACCAGCGCUGCUAGACGUGAAAUGAGCGAGGUGUUCGGGUUUGCACAUGUGGAUAUUGGAUCGAGCCCUCAUUUCCGGUACGAAGCCGUGCCAUUCAACUUGAAGCAAUUCAAAGAAGCAGUCGCUGAGAGCUCCAUGUUUGUCAACGGCACCGACUCAUGGUCUACCAUUUACCUCGAGAACCACGAUCAGCCCCGCAGCGUUACAAGAUUCGGAAGCGACUCGCCCAAAUACCGCAACCUUUCGGGCAAGCUAUUGGCGCUGUUGGAAGGUUCGCUAACGGGUACUCUGUAUGUCUACCAAGGCCAGGAACUGGGCCAAAUCAACUUGAAAGAUUGGCCGAUUGAAAAGUACGAGGAUGUUGACGUCAGGACCAACUACGAGAUCAUUGCCAAGAAGUAUGGGAAGAAAUCGCUACAGAUGGAGUCCUUUUUGCGCGGUAUUGAUUUGCUAUCGAGGGACCACGCUAGAUCCCCCAUGCCAUGGUCUUCGGAGAGCCCCAACGCGGGCUUUUGCGGACCCAACGCCCAACCCUGGUUUUUUUGGAAUGAAACUUACAAUCAAGGAAUUAAUGCAGCCGACGAAGAGUCGAACCCCGAUUCCGUUCUGCACUUUUGGAGAAAGGUCUUGGAAACGAGAAAGAAGAAUAAGAAAGUUGUGGUAUAUGGGUAUGAUUUCGAGUUCAUCGACUUGAAUAACGACAAGCUUUUCAGCUUCACCAAGAGGUCCGAGGAUAAAAAGCUGUUUGUCGCUUUGAACUUUAGUGAUGAAGAGAUAGAGUACAAAUUUCCACAGGGGACUACCUCAUCCAGCCUCAUUCUGGGAAAUUACGACAACAUAGACCAGUCGUCGCGUGUCUUGCAACCUUGGGAAGGAAGACUUUACUAUGUCGAUUGA